GCACUUUCAGAUAACAGAGACUCGGACACCAGAAGAGACACAAUGAGUGAGCUUAGCUCAAUUCUCCUGUUGCUUCUCUACAUGGGAUGUGCUUCUUUCCUUCUUGGAGGAACCAAGGCUGCAAAUUUCACUCUUUUGAAUGUGUAUCAACCCCCACACAUGGAAAGUGAGAUUGGACUUCCUCUCAAUCUUGCAUGUGAAUUCAACUAUACGGGAUGAGAAUGUUUACCACUGUGAAGUGGUAAUCCCACUUGCUGAGGGAAUCAUAGAAGUUAGAGGCGCCGGAACAAACCUUUCACUGCACGUCGAUCCCUCUUCAAUAGAAAUCAGGGCGGUCCCUCUCCUGGUUUCUGGACGUGACACCAUGGUUCUGUGCAUGGCCUCUGGGUUCUACCCCGGGAACCCCUCUGUGUUCUGGUUCCACAGAGGCCUCCCAGUGCCACCAAGCGACAUUUCCACUAACAUCAUCCAAGAGAGCAAUGGCACUUUCUACCUGCACACUGUGUACAGGUUCAUUCCCACUGGGGUGGACCACACCGGAGUGUGUCUCUGCCAGGUCUCUCACCCAGCCUGGAAGCAGCAGUGGGAAGCUAGCGCCAUGCUUAACGUCAGCUUGGAACCCGUUUCUAUGGACAUGAAGCCCCUCUCAUUGCUGGUUUCUGGAAAUGAGUCCAUCCUGCUCUGCACAGCCUCCCAGUUCAACCCUGGGAAUCCAUCGGUGUUGUGGUUCCACAGAAACCUCUCGGUGCCAACCAGCAGCAUCGCCAAUGACAUCAUUGUGGAGAGCGAUGGCAUUUUCUCUCUGCGCAGUCAGUACAGGUUCACUCCUACGGAAGCAGAUCACAUUGCUGAGUGUUUCUGUCAGGUUUCUCACCCAAGCUGGACCGAGCCGUGCACAGCUAACAUCACCCUCAAUGUUCGCUAUGGACCCAGUGCAGUGAGCGUGAUGUCGCCCUCAGGUUUUGUGGCUAACGGCUUUAUGAAUGUAGCAGUGGGGUCCACUGUGAAUUUGAGCUGUGCUGCUAACGGGAACCCCAGCCCAAAAGUGCAGUGGCUGAGGGGAGACAUUACAGAGCCGAACAGCACUGAUCGUCUGUACAUUCCUUUGGCGCUAAAGGAAGAUGGGGGACUGUACUGGUGCGUGGCACAGAACCACUAUGGAGAGCGGAACACCAGCAUCACUCUGCUGGUGACAGAGUCUGUUGUGUCCACAUGCCUGCUGGUGAAACUACUGUUAAUUGGGAUGCUCAUCUUGCUGGAUAUCAUUAUGUUUACCAUCUAUAUUAUCAGGAAGAUCAGAAUGGGCAGAUCUAAGGUUCAAGGUCCUUCCGUGUCACAGACAUCACCUCCACAAGGAGAGAGAUCCAGUCUUGAACCUGCCAUGGCACCUGAACCUGAUUCAUUAUCAACCAAUAUCAACCAGAUUCCACCAGAUUAGAAUCACUGGCUGCGUUGAAAACUGCAUACCGUAAAUCCUCAAAUUGUGGCCGGGGUCUUUUAUUUACUUAGGCUGCACAAAGCACAGGCCUUUAUUUGGUGCAGGCUUGUAUUCGAGGCAGGCCUUUAUUUCUUAUUAGGCUUCUGUUGUAGAAUUUUAUUCUUAGAAAUAAAGUAAAAGGCUACACUUCAAGUGGGCCAACACUGUUCAACACUUCCUGUAACCGUUCAGAAACGCAACUUGAGUAAAGGCCAAGCAUUUAGAGUAAAACAUUUAUUCGAAAAAAUCCAUCAGUCGUGACCAAUACAAAAUAGGUUCUUGAGGUGUUUCAUAAAUGUGUCUGCUUAAACUGGAUAUUAGCGCUCUCUAUACACAACUACACCAUGCAUGUAUGAGCUUCACCACCA